UCAUAUUUGACUCUCACAGUAUUUCAUAUUGUCUUUUAUUCAAUCUCUUUUCUCUUAUUAUCUAUUCACAACCCACGUUCAUCACAGCACUCCUUCUCUCAAACAAGGUCUUCCCUUUCUCCUUCUUACAACUUUCUCUCCAAUAACUCUCUUUCUAUCUUAUCACUAUUGUUUUAUAUACAUAAAACCUUGCACCUUUUUACUCAAUACUAAAAAUGGUGUCUAUCAGUGUCGUGGACGACAGCGACACUGAUAUGACUAUGGCAUCAACCGACUCAUUUGAUACCGACAAUAUGCUCGUCGAUAAUGACCCAACCACUGAUGCUUUUUCGGAAGCGAGCGACGGUGCGGCUAUGAUGGAUGUGGACGACGAAAAUAUUGGUUUUGACAACGUUAAUGACUACUAUGACGACCUGGACAACGACACUAGCUCGGACAUUACAUCAUUUGCCGAGAAUGAGUACUCCUAUGACGAAAUAGCGUACAUGGAGCAAGAAGGAGCAGCAGAACCGGAGCCAGACUUCAUUCGCGACACGUUUUACGGCCGUGCAAAUACAUGGCGAUUAGCCAGUCGCAAAUGCAAGUUGAGGGUAGCAUUAAGUGAAAAUCGUGAGCUGUACAGGGCUUACCUUCGUUCGUUAGCUGAGUGGUACCAAGUACUUCGCAGAGACGCCUUGAACUUGAUUAAUCUGCAUGCUCUGCUUGCAUACGAAAGCAACGGUGAGAUACCCAUGCCAGAAUUAGACAAUCAAACGUAUUGGGCUACGGCAUUUCGGAUGGUGAUCACCAAUCCAACGCAAGAGGCACCUGUCCCGGCUCGCACUCCAAACCGCUACGCCGUUCUACGCGAUAUCUUCAAUAACCAUUAUCAGCCACAACGCCGGAAUGCGGAAACAGGAGAAGCGUUAUACGAUCUUCCUGUUCUUCGUCAAGACUUAUCAAUGUCCUUGUUGGCUCGAUUAGCAGAGCUGUUUGCAGUAAAGGCUAAAACCAUUAUUAACUGAGGAUAUAAUAUUUGUAGAUGCCAUGAACCACCUAUGCGCCAACAUUCCUGUUUUUCUCAAGCGUGUAUGGGUCGCAUAUCUGAGUCAUCUGC